GGCCUCCGCGCCCCGUCACUCGUUUACAACCAACCCGAUUCACUCAUUCAGCGGCCGCACACAAGCUAAGAUCGAAUCCGUCAUCAACCCGACGUCAAGAUGAAGGCCUCCAUCGUCGCUGCUUCGGCGCUUGUCGCAUCUGUUGCUGCUUUCGAGCACAAGAACCACGCUGGCUUCCACAUGCGCCGGGCUGCCUAUGAGCCCGUCCAGGACGAGAUCUGCACGGUCUACACGACUGUCUACGUCCACGCCCUGCCGUCGAUCGUCCCCAACACCACUGCCAUCUAUGAGCCCUCCACUCCCGCAGCGGAGACCUCGACCUCGUGCACCGAGGAGGAGAAGACUAGCUCUAUCUACACCCCCAUCGUGAUCUCCACCAAGACACCUGAGGCUUCUCACCCAGCCUACCCCACCGUCCCGGUCGUACCAGAGGUUUCUAAGCCGGCCGUUCCUGUCUCCUCCCAACCAGCUGUCCCUGAGUAUCCCACUAAGCCAGUUGUGCCCGAGGUGUCCAAGCCAGCUGUCCCUGAGUAUCCCACUAAGCCAGUUGUGCCCGAGGUGUCCAAGCCGGCUGUGCCUGAGGUUUCCAAGCCAGCGGUUCCUGAGGUUUCCAAGCCAGCGGUUCCUGAGGUUUCCAAGCCAGCGGUUCCUGAGUACCCCACCAACCCUGUUCCAGAGUCGUCGAAGGAGGUUCCUCAGCCUUCAAAGCCUGCUACUCCUGAGUACCCUACCAAGCCUGUCGACACCCCUAAGCCUACUCCCACCAGCUCCAAGGCUGUCGACACUCCCAAGCCUACACCCAGCAGCUCUAAGACUGCUGAGAAGCCCAAGCCUACCGGAAGCUACAGCUCUGGUGGCCGCAUCGUCACCAAUGGCAAGAAGUGGGCCAUGACCUACACACCCUACGCCCCCGAUGGUAACUGCAAGACCGAGGCCGACAUCAAGUCCGACAUCAAGCAGAUUGCCGAUUUUGGCUUCACCACCAUCCGCUCCUACAGCACCGACUGCGGUGUCUUCGAGUACGUCGUCCCGGCGUGCCAGGAACACGGCCUGAAGAUUAUUUACGGUAUCUUCCUCGAGGCCGGCGGCAGCGGCGGCAAGGGUCCCUUCUCGCAGUACGCCAACAACCAGCUCGAGGACAUCAAGAAGAAUGCGCCCAAGGAUGGCGUCGCUAUGGUCAUCGUCGGCAACGAGUGCAUGUUCAACAACAACUGCGUGCCCGGCGAGCUUGCCUCGUACAUUGACCACGUUCGCGAGCAGCUCCAGGGCGCCGGUUUCCCCAAGGACAUUGCCAUCACUACCACUGAGCCCGUCGGCACCUGGGAGGAGAAGGGCGCUGAGCUGUGCGCACACAUCGACGUCUUCACCGUUCAGGUCCACCCCUACUUCACUGCCACCAUCUCGCCCGACAUGGCCGGCGACUUCGCCGCGCAGCAGCUCGAGCAGGCCGCCAAGGUGUGCCCCGAGGCCGCCGCCAAGGGCAAGUACAUUUCCGAGAUCGGCUGGCCCAGCGCGGGUAAUUCCAACGGCUUGGCUGUCGCCGGAGAAGCGGAGCAGAGGGAGGCGAUGAAGAAGAUCAUCGAGAGCGUCGGCGCCGAGUCCACGCUGUUCAGCUUCAAGGACGACCCGUGGAAGCACCCCGGUGCCCUGGGUGUGGAGCAGCACUUUGGCUGCAUCGAUGCGCUUACGUACUAAGCGCGCACCCUCUAGCAUAGGCGGACAGACACCGAGUUCCAAUGUCAAGCACUCUGCAGACCUGUCUCGAUAAGAGCGUCUGUGGAGCACCUCCAUUCGUGUCCACGAUUUCGCGCCCUUUACGUAUUAACGCUUGUAUAUGGUUGGAGACAUUCCUUCUUGAUGGCUGCCCCUGGUCGGUAGUUUAGCGACGGCCUGCGGUAUUAUUCUAGUGUGUAAUUCCUUAAUCUUACUACAUAUGACACCAA